UCACACAUCACAAAAUUAUCUAAAACAUAUUGACCCUCCAACAUCACCAUUGUAACAAAGAAUUGGAAAAUCCAUUCCCAAAACCAAACCAAAGAGAGUAAUUGAGCAAUGGCUGCUUCCACACAAUGUUUCUUGCACCAAUAUCAUGCACUAAGAUCUAGCCCUGCUAGAACAUCCUCUGUUUCAUCUCCUAAGCCUAACCAAUUGAUUUGCCGUGCACAAAAGCAAGAUGAUGCCAGCAACGCCGCCGUCUCGAGACGAUUGGCUCUUACUCUCCUCAUUGGUACUGCUGCCAUUGGUUCCAAGGUUUCCCCUGCAGAUGCUGCCUAUGGAGAAGCUGCAAAUGUUUUUGGUAAGCCAAAGGAAAACACUGAUUUCUUGCCAUACAAUGGAGAUGGAUUCAAGCUCCAAGUCCCAGCCAAAUGGAACCCCAGCAAAGAAGUUGAGUACCCUGGUCAGGUUCUCAGAUAUGAAGACAACUUUGAUUCCACAAGUAAUCUUAUUGUUGCAGUUACUCCAACUGACAAGAAGUCCAUCACCGACUACGGCUCCCCUGAAGAGUUCCUCUCUAAAGUGGACUAUCUGCUAGGAAAGCAAGCUUACUUUGGUAAAACUGAUUCAGAGGGAGGAUUUGAAUCUGGUGCAGUGGCAACUGCUAACCUGUUGGAGGCAUCAAGCGCAACAGUGGGAGGAAAAGAGUACUACUACUUGUCAGUAUUGACAAGAACUGCAGAUGGAGAUGAAGGUGGAAAGCACCAGUUGAUCACAGCCACAGUGAAUGAUGGCAAACUUUACAUUUGCAAGGCACAAGCUGGUGACAAGAGAUGGUUUAAGGGUGCUAAAAAGUUUGUGGAGAAUGCUGCCACUUCUUUCAGUAUUGCUUAAGAAUGGGAAAACUAAAGAAAACCAUUAUUUAAGUUUGUAUGUACUUAGUUCUUCCCCCCUCUACAAAACAUAUGGUGCUGAGAUGAGUUGCUUAAUUGGACUUCUUUUUUGCUCUUUCCAACCAAUCCCAAAAAUGUUUUUAGACAUGUUUCAAGUACUGUUGGAGGAAGCUUAAUGUUAAUAAUUUCAUAAUC